CAUCGUAGGAGGAAUUGGUCGUUACAUAAACCCCACCCCCUCCUCCGAUCCAUCUACCGUCUACAAGGCAAGACACUCAUCAUCUUAGCUGCACUGGGGACUUGAAUUUUUCCGGUUACAGCUGGAACUACACACUAACCUCUUCCAUUUUAUUUCUCCGUUCCCAUUCCCCCCCCCCCCCGGCGACAUUCCGUCACAGUUCACACUUAUGCCCGCCCCACAGGCAAAUUAGAUCCACGAACACACCUUAACAUGAAGCACCAUCCAAACCAUCAGCGUCCGUCCGAGAGGAGUUGGGCUGAACUGUUGUGUUUCGGUUGCGCGUGCGUGCAGCUUUUCUGGCCGCGCGUGGUGGUGCGCAAGUGGCUCAACAUCACCGCCAAAGGUUCAGACUUUAGCGCCGAUGCCGAUUCAGAUUGCGACUCCGAUUCCGAUCAAGAUGAAUGUAAGUGGCCACCGGAGCCGCGGUUGAAGGAUGCCGGAGGAGGUGAAGCUGAAAGGGGUGCAAAUGAAGCUGUUCUCAGGAUAAGAAGACGAAAGUCUGAGACACUUAGGGCGCAAUAUAUAAACACAAAAGAAAUUAGAGUAUGCGCUGGCACAUGGAAUGUAGGCGGAGAAGGUCCUCCUGAUGAUCUAGAUCUUGAUGAUUGGUUAGAUGUUGACAAGCCAGCUGAUAUUUAUGUGCUUGGAUUUCAGGAAAUCGUUCCUUUAAAUGCUGGUAAUAUAUUUUGCAUUGAAGAUAGCCGCCCUAUUCCAAAAUGGGAGAACAUCAUUCGAGCAACUCUCAAUAAAAUCCCACCCGUGAAUAAGUUCAAGUCACAUAGUGACCCUCCUUCUCCGUCGAGGUUUAAGCCAUCUGAAAGUUUUUAUGAUACUGAAGAAGAAAUUACACCAGAGUUUGAUAGUGACGAUGAUGAGGAAUUCGUUGCUUCAAAUGAAGAAUGUGAUGAAUCUGUUGAAGCGAGUGACUUAAAUUUGUCAGGAAAUGGUUCAAUUGUCCGUGCCGUUGUAUCUGCAUCCGGUGAUAGUCAUGAGUUGACAGCGCCAGUCACAGCGGGGGUUGAGAGGCCACUUCCUUCCUCAAAGAGAUUGGAGAGGUUGAACUGCUUCAGACCUGACGAAUCUGAUGAAAACAUAGAAGAAAGUUCAAUUCAUUAUGACAAGAAAUUAACUAAAACUCUCACGGGAGUUCAGAAGAUUAGUCUGAGUUGGCCAGAGCCGCCACUAUAUUAUCUUCAUCAUCAGCGUGUUUUAGAAAUUCCUGCUUCCAUCUCAGUUGGAACAUACAGUUCUCUCAUAUCGACCUCACAUGGUCAUAAUAGACUGCCUCCUGAUGUGGCUUUGCUUGCAAAACUGGACCUUGAAUCUUUAAUAAAGUGUAAAAGAUCACCAUAUGUGAGGAUAAUAAGCAAGCAAUUAGUUGGCAUUUUCUUAACUAUAUGGGUCCGUAGGAGUUUGCGGAAACAUAUACAGAAUCUGAACGUUUCAACAGUUGGUGUAGGCGUAAUGGGCUUCAUAGGUAACAAGGUUUGCUCUUUUCUUAAACUCUCAGCUUUCUACUAUGCAUGUUCUAUGCCAGUUGAUAUCGUAUCAACUGUAUCUUUUAGUGCUGAUGAUCAUAUAAACUAGAUCAUUUUUAAUCUGCAAUAAUGGUUGGUCACGCAU